GCGUCAGGGAAAAUGGCGGCGAGCUGUGAGGUGAAUUGAGGAUGUCAACAUUACGCUUCUCGACCCGAAAAACGAGUGACGCUUUUUCUCUUUUCACGUCGUCGACACAACCAGGGGUCGCGGCUCGGAAACGUGUCCCACUGUUCGGACCAAAACAACAGCGGGAAUGUUUUUAAUAAUCGUUUUAUAGCGCUGUGUUUUGAAAGAGUCCGUUUGUGCUAGCUAGCGGCUAACUAGUCGUGUGCGCGAGCCUUGAGGAAAGCGUUCACGAGCCGUAAAAACGACUUUUUUUCCCUGUACUUUUAUCGUCCUAAAAUAACGUUUGUAUUGUUUUUUUCUUUUCUCAUUUAAAUUCGUGCUUUCGGGUUAGUUUAAGCGUUUAAACUUCCGUCAGCUUUAAGUGGAGACUCGGCGGAUGUUGUCUGCGUGUCUGUCGCACUUUUAAAGGGGUAAAAACAUCAGGCAGGGCUUCUGACAGGGGCUUUAGUUUAUUUAUUUAACACUGGUGCUGUUUCAGAAGCCAUGGCUCAGUCACCUGUGCAAGGCAGUUUACCUGGGAUUCAGAGUUUGAGAACAGACCCCGAGCAGCUGUUCACCAAGCUGGAGCGCAUCGGCAAGGGCUCGUUCGGCGAGGUCUUUAAAGGCAUCGACAAUCGCACGCAGAAGGUGGUGGCCAUCAAGAUCAUUGACCUGGAGGAGGCCGAGGACGAGAUCGACGACAUCCAGCAGGAGAUCACAGUCCUGAGCCAGUGUGACAGCCCCUUCGUCACCAAGUACUAUGGCUCCUACCUCAAAGGCUCAAAGCUGUGGAUUAUUAUGGAGUAUCUUGGUGGAGGAUCAGCACUGGAUUUGCUGGAGCCCGGGGCUCUGGAUGAGCCACAGAUUGCCACUAUCCUGCGUGAGAUCCUGAAGGGUCUGGAGUACCUGCAUUCUGAGAAGAAAAUUCACAGAGAUAUCAAAGCUGCCAAUGUGCUGCUGUCUGAGCAGGGUGAGGUCAAGCUGGCAGACUUUGGUGUAGCAGGUCAGCUGACGGACACGCAGAUCAAACGCAACACGUUCGUAGGGACACCUUUCUGGAUGGCACCAGAAGUCAUUAAACAAUCUGCUUAUGACUCAAAGGCUGAUAUUUGGUCUCUGGGGAUCACAGCGAUAGAGUUGGCGAAAGGCGAGCCACCUCACUCUGACCUGCAUCCAAUGAAGGUCCUCUUCCUCAUCCCAAAGAACAACCCGCCGACUCUGGAGGGCAACUACAGCAAACCGCUCAAAGAGUUUGUGGAGGCGUGUUUAAAUAAAGAGCCCAGUUUUAGACCCACAGCCAAAGAGUUGCUAAAGCACAAGCUGAUUGUGCGUUACGCUAAGAAAACCUCCUACCUGACUGAACUGAUCGACCGAUACAAACAGUGGAAGGCCGAGCAGUGCAGAGAUGACUCCAGCUCUGAUGAUUCUGACUCAGAAGCUGAUGGACAGGCGUCUGGUGGACAGGACUUCAGCAACGAUGAGUGGAUCUUCACGAUUAGGGAGAAAGACCUCAAAAAGCUGCAAAAUGGAGCCAAUAUGGAAGAGCAGCGGGACACACCUCAAAGGCCGCUGUCACAGAUUUUAUCUACCGUUAUCACACCAGUCUUCACGGAGCUGAAAGAGCGAGGUGGUGAAAAUGCAGUAAAGGCAGACGUGUUGGACGAGUUAGAAGAGGCCAUGUUACUUGCCGAAGAGACGUAUCCAGGUAUCUCUGACGUCAUGGUGACCCAGCUUAUACAGAGACUACAACGGUUCUCCCGAGCCAGGACGUCUUCCUCUUCUCCUCAGUGAUUGGUCCGUUGGGAAUAUCAGUCAUGCCGAAGCCCCUCCCACAGUGCACCGGGUCACCGAAUCACAACACCAGCGUCCUCCAAGUGCUGAGUGUCCUUCAAACACCACAAGAUUCCUGUAGUGUUGUUUGAGAAGGAUGGUGAAGAGGGUGCUUUUUCUGUGUAUAUUUGGUGCGUGUGUGUGUGUGUUUGUAGCACGCACACACACACACACACACGCGCGCGUACACACUCGGCUGCAUAGCAAGCGAGCAACAUUUGGAAGCUUCUGCUUCUGCAUUAUGACAUCAGCAAGCGGAUAAAACAUCGCUGAAUCCCUUAAACGCAACCAUAGCAUGGCUCAAACAGCAUGGACGUGUGUGUGUGCGUGUGUGUGUGCGUGUGUGUGUGUGUGUGUGUGUGUGAGAGAGAGAGAGAGAGGGGAGACGAGUGUGUGCUUGAGCUCUUUCCAUGCGAUAUCAGAUCCGCAUCACCCGGACUAGACUGAGUUUGGAUGUGUGUAAAGAGGUGUAUAUACUUUUACACACUCACAGAUUAUGGAUUUUUUCCCCCAAGUGGAUCACUGUGUACAGACUGCCACGCCCUGCUGUAGAUACUGUUAGAAUAAAAAGAAAAGAAAAGGUAAAUAUUUAAAAACCGAGCCUCUCAAACGGCCAUUACUGAGAUUGCCUUGCCUUUUUAUGGAACGUGUUACAUUUUGCGGGUGCUCUGUUUCACUUUAAUAUAUAUAAAGAGUUUUACUCAUAAAAUCAUAACGAUUUUUAUUCUA